UAGUUAUAAAAUUAAGUCUCACUGUUUUGUUAAUUAUAUAGACAUAAUAAUCGCGUGUAUUAUAGUUAAUUGCUAGCUAUAAUUUUAUUAGCAAUACACAAUACAAUGUUUGACAUGGUAAUAUUUGGCGUAUUGUUCAUUGGGACAUACAUUUAUUUAUAUAAAUCUCGCGGUUACGACUAUUGGAGCAAACAAGGCAUACCGGGUCCCACACCUGUCCCUGUAUUUGGCAAUUAUUUCACGGCAUUCCUGACGCCAAACCCAUUCAAAGAGCGUAAUUUGUGUGAGAAAUAUGGCAAUAUAUUCGGUCAUUUUGUGGGGUCAAUCCCCGUGCUGAACAUCGCCGAUCCCGAGCUGAUCAAGGCAAUUUGGGUGAAGGACUUUCACCUGUUCACCGAUCGCACCAAAGUGUGGACCCCUAACAGCCCCCUAACCGCCCAAAACCUGAACCACUUGCGUGGGGACGACUGGAAACGUGUUCGCUCUAUAGUAUCGCCGGUGUUUACGUCGGGAAAGAUGCGACGAAUGUACCCUCAAAUCGGGGACUGUUUAUCCCAUUUUACAGCUACUAUAGACUCCCUGGCCGGUGGGCACCUGGAUGUCCAAGAUUGGUGUAGCAGAUUGGUACUGGAUAUAAUAGCUAGAUGCGCUUUUGGUACAAGAAUUGAUACUUAUAAACAGGGAGAUAAUUUGUUUGUCAAGUUAGCUAGGCAGAAGUUUAGUGUUAACUUGUGCAAUGAUUUGGUCAGGCUAAUUUUGCCACAACUUGUCCAAAAGUGGCUUAGGUUGGCAGAUAGGGAGUCGGAUAAACAUAUUGUGGCGGAAAGGCGUCGAAACCCCGGUGCUAAAUAUAAUGAUUUUAUUCAAUUGCUUAUGGACUCCGAGAUUAAGGACAGGGAUGGCGAUGAUGGGAAUGCCGUUAAUGACACGGAUAUAAAUGAUCAGCAUAUAAAUAAAGGAACGGAGGAACUGGAUAUCGAUCGAAAGGUAUUCAACAUAAACAUUAAGGAUAAAAAAUUGACCGAGGACGAGAUCAUAGCGCAGGGC